CGUAGAUUUCUUUUUUUUGCGCCUGUACACAGACAGGGGGGACAAUUUAGAGAGAAGCAGAAUGUUACGUACUACUGGCACGCACCCUGAUGCACCUAGCAGCUAAACGAAGAUGAAAAUACAAAAACGUCCGGGAUCCUUGGGAGCUUCUUUGUCCUGAUUGACCAAUGACAGCCCUUCCAAUUGCUGCUUAUUCGACUAAUGCGGUCGUGUCAUUUGUUGAAGCCAAAACCACUUCUUUGUUCGGUAUAAGAGAGCUCGUCUAGCACUCGGGUAUAGCCAGGUAACCCAUGGCUUGGGGGUCUAUUCGCCAUUUUAUUUCACGUCAAGUAAGGCACCGGUGGAUUCGAUCCGCAAGAAGUGUUCCUGCAUUCGACUGGGAACGAGAGAACACUCUCCAGAAAAAAAAGAAGACAUAUUUCAGGGUGCUCUGACCUCUUUUCCCCGUGUGUCUCUUCUCUUCGUUCUUCCCAAGUUGUGCCCGAGCGUUGGAACCCAUCACCGGAAUACCCAAAGUAUAGGCAACGGAUCAGUGUGUUGAGAGGAAUAUUGCAUCCAGAUUUUGAUUUUUGCGAUAUUCUGUAUCGGAUUAUUUAAAAGGCAUUCGAGGUCGGCAGAGCUUCAUUCCCACAAGACCUACCUGCCUGUCCCUGUCCCUGGCGUGGACUUGGGCUUCUUUCAGCAUCGGCGCCUAGAUACCCUUUUUCACACUCGUCUUCCAGGCAGCAGCUAAAACAGUCUGCCAAACCUGAAAGACUGUUAAAAAAAAACACCUACACAUACCCUCCCUUGUUCACACAAAAGAGCCGUCAUCAUGUCUCUGGUGGCCGCCAAAAAGAGCCUCGUGGCCCUGCUCUGCCGCAGCGAGGGCCCCAACAACAACGACAACAACACCAACAGCUCCAGCCCCUCGACUCUGUCGCCGUUCAGCUCAGCAGCGACGGCCGGUGAGCAGGAGCCCCUCCUGGGCGGCGGCAGGAGAAGACCGGCCGAGGACGACGACCUCGAAUCGCAGACCAGUAGCCACACGCUCGGCAGCACAGACAGCCAGGCAUCUACUGCAUCGUCGUCGUCGCGCCGUAUCAGCGCCCGCAUAAUAUCCGACGCCACCAUCGGCUUGUCGGAUGGUCUCACUGUCCCUUUUGCCCUGACGGCUGGCCUCUCGGCCCUCGACGACACCCGCAUCGUCAUCUACGGUGGCCUGGCUGAACUCAUCGCCGGCGCCAUCUCUAUGGGUUUGGGCGGCUACUUGGGUGCCAAGAGCGAAAUCGCAUCAUACCAAGAAACACUAUCCCAGACCACCCACAUGAUCAACACCGACCCGGAGGCGACCCUCGAAGCCGUGCGCGCCGUCUUUGCGCCCUACGACGUGCCCAAGCCGACCGUCGACGCGCUGGCCGCCCACAUCUCCACCGCGCCCGACUCCAAGCUCCUGCCCGACUUCUUGAUGCACUUUCACCACCGCGAGCCCGAGCCCGAGUCGUCGCGCGCCCUCGUGUCGGGCCUGACCAUCGCGCUGGGCUACUUCCUGGGCGGCCUGCUGCCGCUGCUGCCGUACGUCAUCGUGUCGGGCCCCGAGGAUCUGCACCGCGCCUGGUCCAUCAGCGUGGCCGUCAUGGCCGUCGCGCUGUUUUCGUUUGGCUACGCCAAGACGUGCUUCGUGACCGGUUGGGCCGGCCAGAGGUGCGUGCGCAAGGGGCUGGUCGGUGCCGUGCAGAUGGUCGUCGUCGGUGGCGCGGCCGCGGCGGCUGCCAUGAUGCUCGUCAAGUUGUUCAAUCCCAUGGCCGAGGCCGGUGGUGGUGGGCCUCUGACGGGGGCUGCUGCUUGAUGCUGUUCAUUGCUGUGCUGGUUCUUCUCUCUUUUGUUUUCCUUUCCAUAUGUGUUGGUGCGACCUAUCGUCCCUAUUUCUAUUUCUUCAUUGUUUCUUUUGUUUCUCUUUUAUUAGCAUUACGACCGACUAGAUUAUGUUGGCAGUCAGGUCUUGGCGUUCAGGGGAUAAGUUAAGGCCGUUGGAUGAACUGGGGGGAAACCAAAAUUCAUGAUCCGGGCUUCUCUUUUUUUUCGACUAUUGAAAUCAGUCACGAUUCAUUUCAAUACUCUCUCUGUAUUAAUACCAAUUAAUACUGUUUCUAUCGAGACUUCAUAUACUAUGCG